AAAACUACAUUUCCCAUGUCAAAGCAGGCGCAUUUCUGAGAUUUGUUUUUAGCAUGGCAGGGACACAAGUUGUGCGCAAAGAAAACACUUUUUAAUAUUUUAUAUUUUUUCCCCCUAAACUUUGAAAGGGUUCUAGCAGUCCUCGCUCUUCUCAACAACAGUAGUCUAAAUUGGGGUUGUUGGUGUGAUGCCGGUGCGCCGUGACCGAGAGAAGAAGGAGAGCGUAGCAGAGGAGAUGGAUGUGGAGGAGCAGGAGCACGAGGCUUCCAGCUCAGAGGAGGAGGAAUCUGACACCUCCUCUGUCUCAGAGGAUGGAGACUCUUCUGAAAUGGAUGAGGAAGAUUGUGAGCGGAGGAGAACAGCGUGUCUGGAUGAAAUGUCCAACCUGGAGAAACAGUUUAACAAUCUGAAAGACCAGUUGUAUCGAGAGCGACUCAGUCAGGUGAACUUCAAACUGGCGGAAGUCGAGGCUGGACGGGCAGCAGAAUAUCUCGAUCCUCUAGCUGUAUUGCUGGAGAACAUGCAGGUCCGCACUAAAGUUGCAGGUAAAAUUGACCCAUUUACCAUUCUGCUCAGUCAUUUUGUAGCGUUCAGUCUUAUAAGCCCUAACUGCUGUCCAUCAGGUAUUUACAGAAAGCUGUGUCUGGAUUCUGUGAGGAACAAGUACAACUGUGAAAUCCAGGCUGCAUGCCAACACUGGGAGAGCGAGAAACUGCUAUUGUUUGAUACAGUGCAGAGUGAGCUGGAGGAGAAAAUUAGAAGACUGGAAGAGGACAGACACAGCAUAGAUAUCACAUCAGAGCUUUGGAAUGAUGAGCUGUCUGGGAGGAAGAAAAGACAAGAUGCUUUAAGUCCAGAUAAGAAGAGGAGGAGACCUUCUGUGGUUUCUGGUCCAUAUAUUGUCUAUAUGCUACCUGAUUUGGACAUCCUGGAGGACUGGACAACUAUCAGGAAGGCCGUAGCCACCUUGGUCCCUCACAGAGUGAAGGUUGACGCCGACAGCUGCAGUUUCCCCUUCAGAUCUGAAAAAAAUAGGCCAAUUCUUAACUGCUGAGAAGCCCACAUGGAUGUUUAAAAGCACAUAAGAACCUCAGAAAAUGCAUGGGCACAAAUCUGAAUACUUCUACUCCUCACAGCCAUUGGGAGUUAAAACUUUACAUUUUAAGCUGCCAGUUUUGGAGGUUUUCCUGUUCUAUAAAAAAA